AUGGAAGAAGGCAUCAAAGAAGCAGAGUCGAGCAAGAAAGCAGCAGCAGCAGCAGCCGAGGGCACCGGGACCAAAGUGGGCGUCAUGGCCGACUCCACGUUAGGGAGCAUCGGCGACGUGCUCAAGCUGCUGCCGACGUCGACGGUGAUCGUGUACGAGGUGCUCAACCCAAUCGUGACUAACGCCGGCGCGUGCAGCGUCGCCAACAGGGUGGUCACCGCGGUGCUCCUCGUGCUCUGCGCCUUCUCCUGCGCCUUCUCGGCCUUCACCGACAGCUUCGUCGGUGCCGACGGCAAGGUCAGGUACGGCCUCGUGACGCCCAGGGGCCUCCUGCCGUUCGGCGGCAGCGACGACGCCGACACCGGGGUAAGAGACUUCUCCAAGUACAAGCUGCGCCCGGCUGACUUCACGCACGCCUUCUUCUCGGUGGUCGUGUUCGCGGCCGUGGCGCUGCUGGCCGACGCCAACACGGUGGCGUGCUUCUACCCGGCGCUCAGGGAGCAGCAGAAGCAGGUGGUCAUGGCACUGCCCGUCGUGGUCGGCGCCCUCGCGAGCGUCGUCUUCGUCGUGUUCCCCUCCAAGCGCCACUCGAUCGGGUACCCUCCGGCGAAGCCUGCCGCGAACUCGCUGGCGUCGCAGUAG